UUCCUGCUCGUGACUGGUUAAAUGUGAAGGCAUGUCAGUUUCUGAUCAAAUGUCCGUAUCCUGUUUGUAAUAAUUUUCAAUUCAUUUUAGCAUUGGGACAUUACAAUAGUUAUACUUGUGUUCUCUCGUUGUGUGUAGUGUUCUAAGUAAAAUGGCGAGCAACAAAUACCAGAUAGUGGUGCAAGGAGAGGCUUCAGAGACAGACUCGGACGACGAGGUGUACAUCACCUCCCUCUCCCCUCCCUCCGCGGCCGCAGCCGGGGUUAAGGUUCCCGGCGAGGCCUCAGAGACCGACAGCGAAGAAGAGGUUGAGAAAGCACGGAAAUUUGUUAUCGCCUCCAGUUCGGAGAACGCGCGGACACUGUAUAAGGAGCUGCCUCCGCUCAUUGUGAUCAGAGACAACCCAGACAUUCCAUCGGUGUUGGAGGGCCGCCCGGUUUCUAGGCCCGAGCCUACCGAACAGUUCAAUACCCUUCUGCAACAGAAACUACUGGAGAGUAACGGGCGUCUGUGCACCGACGUGACCCAGACCCUCCGACAGGUCUACGGUAAUGCCACCAAAGAGAUCCGCGUGGCCACCGGUCACCUGAACAACUCGCAGAGCGGCAUCAUCAACGCUUCUCACAGCAUCCGGCUAAUCCUCGAGGACCUCAAAUCCGUCUCAGAGAAAAUUGACAUAAUCACCAGCUGUCACCUGUUGCCAGAUAUUACUAUACCCAGUACCGAGAGUCUGCCUGGUCAGUGAGGUGAAGGAUAGGAUUUUCUACCCAAUGACAAUGAUGCGAAUUCAGCACAAGUACGACAAUCUUAAUUGUAAUACUGCGUUCACAGUUCAACAAGUGAAGACAGGAUAGGAGGAGAUUGAUGUCGCUUCACCUUCAGAAUUAAUGCAUACCUGUAGCUAACAGCCCCUCCUAGUGGCCUAAUGAAGUAAUGCAUGUGAUAUGAUGCCUGUUACAGUAGCAUAGGCCUGAGGGUUAGUGAAGGUACAGAAUUGUCAAGAUUGAAAUGGUUUGCCAUGUGUUAACAACAUUGAGCUUAUACAAAUACAGUCUAAAUAGCAUUUAAUAAAAUAAUAUUCUAUUAAGAUGGAUUUUAGCAGUUGGUGAGUAUUUCCAGAUUGUUGCAAUUACCAGAGACGUGAAGGGGAAUGACAACAAAGAAAUCUGAUUAAUUACUCUCUGCAAGAUACAUAAAUGAUUUGACAGUAAAUUUCAUGCUUGUUUCCCCUAGGUUUACAGCUUUGCCCCCCGGCGACGGGGGGCAAAGCGGCGACGAUGACCAUGUAGAGACAGAUAUGACAUGCCGUUGUGUAAAUAAGAUAAAUAACAUAAGGCCAUUUAGUUUGUUUAAUAAAAGAGCAAGCUAUAGACCUGUUUUAUAGGAAAGGUA